AACAAAAUGCAGAAGCAAGUGGAGGUCAGGAUGGACGAGAGCCACCUGGAGCCCAGAGUGGACAACGUUGACAAUCCAUGCGGCUCUCUGUGUGAUAAAAUCAUGAAGAACAUGGUUCUCACUCUCACAAUCCUUGGUGUGUUUUUGGGCUCCAUUGCUGGAAUGCUGCUGCGGCACAUAUCUCCUCUCCCUCCUGAUGUUAUUAUGAUCAUCGCCUUCCCUGGAGAGAUCCUAAUGAGGAUGCUGAAGAUGCUUAUUCUGCCUCUUGUUGUUUCCAGUCUGGUCACAGGACUUGCCGGUUUAGAUGCCAAAUCCAGCGGCCGCCUCGGCACCAGAGCCAUGGUGUACUACAUGUCAACGACAGUGAUUGCAGCAGUCCUCGGGGUGAUCCUGGUUCUCCUCAUCCAUCCCGGCAACCCAAAGCUGAGAGCGAACAUGGGACAGGGAAAGAAGAACGACGAGGUUUCCAGCGUGGACGCCUUCUUUGAUCUCAUCAGAAAUCUCUUCCCUGAGAACUUGGUGCAGGCGUGCUUUCAGCAGAUCCAAACAGUAGUCACCAAAGUACCUGUGCCCACUAACAGAACCAAAGCGCCCCCACAGUUCACGGUGAAGAGGUCGCUGCAGUUCAAGGGAGGGAUGAACGUCCUGGGGUUGAUUGGAUUCUUUGUUGCUUUCGGAGUCAUUAUGGGAAAAAUGGGUGAAAAAGCCAAGCUGAUGUUGGAGUUUUUCAAUGUCCUGAAUGAGAUUGUGAUGCGGCUGGUUGGUGCCAUUAUGUGGUACUCUCCUCUUGGUAUUGCCUGCCUCAUCUGUGGAAAGAUCAUCUCCAUUAAUGACUUGGAGGUGGUUGCAAGGCAGCUGGGGAUGUACAUGAUCACUGUGAUCGUGGGGCUCAUCAUCCACGGAGGCAUCUUCCUUCCACUCAUAUAUUUUGUGAUAGUGAAAGAAAACCCUUACAAGUUCUUCAUGGGAAUAUUUCAAGCGUGGGUCACGGCUCUGGGGACAGCAUCCAGUGCUGGUACCUUGCCCGUUACGUUCCGGUGCUUAGAGGAAAACCUGGGCAUCGACAAGAGAGUGACCCGAUUCGUCCUUCCUGUGGGUGCCACCAUCAACAUGGACGGCACAGCGCUUUAUGAGGCCGUGGCUGCCAUCUUCAUUGCUCAGAUGAACGGCAUCGCCCUCGACUGGGGCCAGAUUGUUACUGUCAGUAUGACAGCCACUCUAGCCAGUGUUGGAGCAGCCAGUAUUCCCAGUGCUGGACUGGUGACCAUGCUUCUGAUCCUCACAGCGGUGGGUCUGCCCACUCAGGACAUCAGCCUGCUGGUGGCUGUCGACUGGCUGCUGGAUCGUUUCCGUACCUCGGUGAACGUGGUCGGGGACUCGUACGGAGCGGGGAUAGUCUACCACCUCUCCAAACACGAGCUGGACUCCUUCGACUCCCAGCAGACCCGUAUGGAGGACUUUGAGAUGUCAAAGACACAAUCAUUUUAUGAAAAUAACACCAACCAGAAUGUAUACGCUCACCACAACUCAAUCUUAAUAGACGACUGCAAGGUCACCAUGGGCAAAAAUGGCAAGACUGCAGAGUUCUCUCUUGUUGAAGAGGGGCCAUGGAAAUGCGAGUAA